AUGGACUAUGUCGCUAAGAUUGCUGAUAAAGAUGUACAGGACUUUAAAAAGGAUGAUGCAGAAGGUCUCCUCUCGAUGUAUCUGAUUCUGGUUGAACUCAAAUUCAUUCCAGAUAUCAAUGAACCUGGUGAUUAUGAACGUUUGCAAGAAAUCGACGAUAAAUUAGUUUCACCGAUGGGUACCAAAAUCCCUGCAGCUAGUCCGGUGAUAUUACUGGCUCUCCCCUCCUCUCAUAGGCUCCGUUGCACCCUUGACACGGUGCAAUUCUAUGGUGUCGAAAACCGCGUACAGUCGUCAUCUCAGUACAGUUUCAACAUUCAUGAAGAGGCAUUCCGAAACACAGUGGAUCUCCUCCUUUCCGAGUCUCCUCCUGCAAAACCAUAUACCCAGCAGGAUAAGCAGACAAUUGUAAACGCUCUACUCCAAGAAUUUGAAGUGGGAACCAACACGAUCACUCGCUUUAAUGUGUCCAUCCAUGCCGAGAUCACUUUACUCAUAUACAUCCACUCGGAACAGCUGGUCACAUAUCCAUACCUGGGAGUGUCAAAACUCUCAUGUAGCUCAUGUGUUGAGCUGAUAAAGCUUUUGAAUGAGACGCUACCAACAUUUUACACAACAUCGGGAGCUCGCGGAAGGUUCUAUCCUUCGUGGGGGUUCCCUCCCAACCUCCCAUCAUCUAUCAAGUUCAACAUGGUCAACGUGUUACAGGGAUUGCUUCUGGCCAACUUUGCAACGCUCAUAUGCUCUCGUAACCGUGCUGAAGUUGGCGCCGAUAGCAGCAUUGACUCGCAAGGGGCUUCAGCUCAUACAGGUGAUAUACGAAGUCAACCAAAGUUCGAUCCUAAAUGCGUGCGGAGUUUGUACUUCCAUCGGAACUAA